CUGACCCUCCUUCACACUCACUCGCGACCUAGCAACAGCCUGUGACACAACAGUCUGUGUCCGCAGGAACCGCCCUUGCUCUGGCCACCAGGACGGCUCCCAGUAAACCAGGUACCAGUGUGUGCAAUGUUAGAGCCAAGAGGCACCCACCUCUCCCUCUUCCCUCCAGGUGGUGACCCUUCUUUGGAUGCCAUGGCAGAGGCAGAAGCCUGGAAGCUGCUCCCGCCACUGCCCCCUCGGCUGGACUGGUUUGUGCACACCCAGGCGAACCAGCUGGCCCAAGGCGGGAUCCCAGAGUGGUUCCACGGCACCAUCACACGACAAGCUGCUGAGAACCUGCUGGAGUCUCAACCACCAGGGACCUUUCUUAUCCGAGUCAGUCACAGCCACGUGGGCUACACCCUUUCCUACAAAACUCUUGAGGUGGGCCUUGGAAGUCCUGUGUGGUAACUGGCGAAACCGGGGCACAGUGUCUGCAUCCCAACCCCAGCAGUGUCUCCACAGAGCUCAGACCUGCUGCCGUCACUUCAUGGUAAAGCUCUCAGACAACGGGACUUUCAUCCUUGCUGGGGACCAUACAACCCAUGCCUCUCUGGACGCCCUGGUCUCAUUCCACCAGCAGAAACCUAUUCGGCCAUAUGGGGAGCUGCUGACCCAAGCCUGUGGCCAGGAGGAUCCAGCAAACGUCGACUACGAAAAUCUCUUCCUGUACUCGAGUGCCCUAGCUCAGGGCGCUGAAAGCCUAGCUGGUGGCCUCACGGAAGGCCAGAGGCCUGCUUCCUGCCCACCAGAGGAGGCUCCGGAAAGGAAACCUUCCACUGCAACGGAUGGAAGGCUCGCAUCAGCCCCCAGCUCCCCAAAAGCACUUUUUGGGGAGGCGAAACAGAAACUGUGGAAGAACCUGAGGACACUGCCAGAGACCAGCCGGAGGGUGAAACAGCGGAUCACUUCGCACCUGUCCACCACAAACCUGCUGGAGGACGCCAGGCCUGUGGCACAGCAUCAUAGAGCUAUGACUCGAGCAUCCAGCUGGGACAGUGCCCACCAUUCCACAGGUGCCGGUGCCGGUGCAGCCACCUCCACAGCCUCCAGACCUGCCAGCUGGAGGGAGGCGGUCUCAGGGGUCAAGGCCUGGCGGGAAAAGCUGGUGAGGGCCCUGUCAGUUCAGGCAACCAAAUCAGAGCCUGUAGACUUGCCAGAAGCCCAGGACUGGCUACCUGAGGAAUACCUCCCACCACCGCCUUUCGCCCCUGGGUACUGACACAUCCCCUCUGUCUUGGUAGUCCCCACCGCUGUCCUCCCAACCAGGGAACUGUGCUAAAGAAAGAGGUUAUGGGGCUGAAUUCUGCAGUUGCCGGCCGAAGGACCUGAUUGUCCUAAUAAUAAUAGAAUCACCGCUUUAGGGACUCCAGUGAGAUGGCCCAGCAGUAAGGGGGUAAAGGCACUUGCAGGCAAACCUGACUUCCUGAGAUCGAUCUCCAGUACUCACGUGAUGGAAGGUGAGACCCAACUCUGAAAGUUGUCCUCCGACCUCCAUAGACAUGUGUUGACACACACACAUGUUUUGACACAUAUAUGUAGUAAGCAUACAGUGACUUUAUGGGCAAAACACAUGCCAGGCCUGUAUCCCAACCUCUCUGAUCGUGGGUUAGCCCUCUGUAUCCGUGGGCUCCACAUUCCACACUCAGCCACGUUAGCCUACUUAGGAUCUGAGCAGGUGAGAUGACUCAGGUAAGGCUGCUAAGCCUGAGGAUCUGAGCUUGAGCUGUGGGACCCGCGGUGGAAGGAGAGAUCAGACCCGCAGUGGAAGGAGACAUCAGACUCCCGCAAGCUGCCCUCCGUCCUCCACACACGCUGUGGCACACGUGUGUCUCUUCCACCCUAAUAAUAUUAUAAAAAAAAUUAAAGCCACCUUGGACAGCCUCUGAGGAGCAACAGCCCACUUGCAUGAG